AUGAUUACCCUAACAGAGCUGAAGUGUUUAGCAGAUGCCCAGUCAUCUUACCACAUCUUAAAACCAUGGUGGGACGUGUUCUGGUAUUACAUCACUCUGAUCAUGCUGCUGGUGGCAGUGCUGGCCGGAGCUCUCCAGCUUACACAGAGCAGGGUUCUGUGCUGUCUUCCAUGCAAAAUGGAAUUCGACAAUCACUGUGCUGUGCCUUGGGACAUACUGAAAGCCAGCAAGAACAUGUCCUCUAGCCCCCAGAUGCCACUUCCACUGCCCCUCCGAAUCCAGAAUGAUCUCCACCGACAGCAGUAUUCCUACAUCGAUGCUGUUUGUUAUGAGAAACAACUCCAUUGGUUUGCAAAGUUCUUCCCCUACCUGGUGCUCCUGCACACGCUCAUCUUUGCAGCCUGCAGCAACUUUUGGCUUCACUACCCCAGUACCAGUUCCCGACUGGAGCAUUUCGUGGCCAUCCUUCACAAAUGCUUUGACUCUCCGUGGACCACCCGUGCCCUGUCUGAAACAGUGGCCGAACAGUCAGUGAGACCCCGCAAACUCUCCAAGUCUAAGACUUUACAUUCGUCCUCAGGGUGUUCUGCUGACGUUGACUCCAGCAAGCAGUCAUUGCCCUACCCACAGCCAGGGCUGGAGUCCCCAGGCAUAGAAAGCCCCACUUCCAGUGUGCUGGACAAGAAGGAGGGCGAACAGGCCAAAGCCAUCUUUGAGAAAGUGAAGAGAUUUCGCAUGCAUGUGGAACAGAAGGACAUCAUUUAUAGGGUAUACCUGAAACAAAUAAUAGUCAAGGUCAUUCUGUUUGUCCUCAUCAUAACUUACGUUCCAUACUUUUUAACCUAUAUCACUCUUGAAAUUGACUGUUCCAUUGACGUGCAGGCUUUUACAGGAUACAAGCGCUACCAAUGUGUCUACUCCUUGGCAGAGAUUUUUAAGGUCCUAGCUUCCUUUUAUGUCAUUUUGGUUAUUCUCUAUGGUCUCACCUCCUCCUAUAGCUUGUGGUGGAUGUUGAGGAGUUCACUAAAGCAAUAUUCCUUUGAGGCAUUGAGAGAGAAAAGCAACUACAGCGAUAUCCCUGACGUGCAAAAUGACUUUGCCUUCAUCCUGCACCUGGCAGAUCAGUAUGACCCACUUUACUCCAAACGUUUCUCCAUAUUCCUGUCUGAGGUCAGCGAGAACAAACUGAAACAGAUCAACCUGAACAACGAGUGGACAGUAGAGAAGCUGAAAAGUAAGCUGGUGAAGAAUUCCCAGGACAAGAUAGAGCUACGGCUCUUUAUGCUCAGUGGCCUCCCAGACAAUGUCUUUGAGUUAACAGAAAUGGAAGUGCUGACCCUCGAGCUCAUCCCAGAGGUCAAGCUCCCCUCUGCCAUCUCACAGCUGGUCAACCUCAAUGAGCUUCGUGUCUACCACUCAUCCUUGCUGGUGGACCAUCCUGCACUGGCCUUUCUAGAGGAAAACUUAAAAAUCCUCCGCCUGAAAUUUACAGAAAUGGGAAAAAUCCCCCGCUGGGUAUUUCGCUUGAAGAAUCUCAAGGAACUUUACCUUUCAGGCUGUGUGCUCCCUGAGCAGUUGAGUACCACACAGUUGGAGGGCUUUCAGGACUUAAAGAACCUGAGGACGCUAUACUUGAAGAGCAGCCUGUCCCGGAUCCCCCAAGUCAUUACAGACCUCCUGCCUUCACUGCAGAAGUUGUCCCUUGACAAUGAGGGAUGCAAGCUGGUGGUGUUGAACAAUCUUAAAAAGAUGGUCAACCUAAAGAGCCUUGAACUGAUCGGAUGUGACUUGGAACGCAUUCCACACUCCAUUUUCAGCCUGAACAAUUUGCAUGAGCUAGACCUCAAGGAAAAUAACCUGAAGACAGUGGAGGAGAUCAUUAGCUUCCAGCAUCUUCAGAAUCUGUCCUGCUUGAAGUUGUGGCACAAUAACAUUGCUUAUAUUCCUGCCCAGAUUGGGGCGUUAUCUAACCUCGAGCAACUCUCUUUGGAUCAUAAUAAUAUCGAGAAUCUGCCCUUGCAGCUUUUUCUAUGCACCAAACUGCAGUAUUUGGAUCUAAGCUAUAACCACCUGACCUUCAUUCCAGAAGAAAUCCAGUAUCUAAGUAAUUUGCAGUACUUUGCUGUGACCAACAACAAUAUUGAAAUGCUACCAGAUGGACUGUUUCAGUGCAGAAAACUACAGUGUUUACUCUUGGGGAAAAAUAGCCUCAUGAACUUGUCCCCACUCGUGGGCGAGCUGACACACCUGACACAUCUGGAACUCAUUGGUAAUUACCUGGAGACACUUCCUCCUGAACUCGAAGGCUGUCAGUCCCUGAAGCGAAGCUGUCUGAUUGUCGAAGAGAAUUUGCUGAAUACUCUUCCUCUCCCUGUUACUGAACGUCUGCAGACAUGUUUAGAUAAAUGCUGACCUAAACAAAAGUCACCCAAAUCUCAGAACCACAUUGGAAAGUCAGCCCUCAGGCUGUGUGUGAGAAGUAAAAUAUCCUGUGUAAUAAAGAAAAGUGGGUGGUGA